CUCGCGGCCUCGGCGCGCGUCCCCGGGAGCGGCUGGAACGAUGUUGGGCCCGAGUCGCCUCAGCUUCGUCCUCCUGGCCGCGGCCGUCACCUGCGCGGGGGCGCAGCACGCGCCGCCGUGGACGGAAGACUGCAGAAAAUCAACCUAUCCUCCUUCUGGACCAACGUAUAGGGGUCCAGUUCCAUGGUACACCAUAAAUCUUGACUUACCACCCUACAAAAGAUGGCAUGAAUUGAUGACUGACAAGGCAUCAACGCUAAAGAUAAUAGUGAAUUCCCUGAAGGAUGUAGUAAAUGCAUUUGUGCCAAGUGGAAAGGUUAUACAGCUAGUGGAUCAAAAAUUGCCUGGCAUGCUUGGUCACUUUCCUGGACCUUUUGAGGAAGAAAUGAAGGGGAUUGCAGCUGUCACCGGCAUUCCUUUAGGAGAGAUUAUUUCAUUCAAUAUUUUCUAUGAAUUUUUUACCAUUUGUACUUCAAUAAUAACAGAAGACAAAAAAGGUCAUCUACUGCAUGGGCGAAACAUGGAUUUUGGAGUAUUUCUUGGGUGGAAUACAAAUAAUAAUUCCUGGGUCGUCACCGAGGAACUCAAACCUUUAACAGUGAAUUUGGACUUCCAGAGAAACAAUAAAACUGUCUUCAAGGCUUCAAGCUUUGCGGGCUAUGUGGGCAUGUUAACAGGAUUCAAACCAGGUCUGUUUAGUCUUACACUAAAUGAACGUUUCAGUCCAAAUGGUGGUUAUAUUGGUAUCCUAGAAUGGAUUUUGGGAAAGAAAGAUGCCAUGUGGAUAGGGUUUAUCACUAGAUCUGUUCUGGAAAAUAGCACAAGUUAUGAAGAAGCCAAGAAUAUACUGACCAAAACCAAGAUAUUGGCCCCAGCAUACUUUAUCCUGGGAGGCAACAAAUCUGGGGAAGGCUGUGUGAUUACACGGGGCAGAAAAACAGCUUUGGAUAUAUAUGAACUCAACCCCCAAAAGGGCAGAUGGUAUGUGGUACAGACAAAUUACGACCGUUGGAAAAAUCCCUUCUUCCUCGAUGAUCGCAGAACACCUACAAAAAUGUGUCUGAAUCGGACAACCCAACAGAAUAUCUCAUUUGCAACCAUGUAUGAUGUCCUGUCAACAAAACCUGUCCUCAACAAGCUGACUGUGUUUACAACCUUGAUGGAUGUCACCAAAGGUCAAUUUGAAACGUACCUGCGCGAUUGCCCGGACCCUUGUAUAGGCUGGUGAGCACCCCGGGCCUUCAGCGUGAGCUCCGCAGCACAAGGUGGGAGCUCCGGCUUAGCUGACUGAGCAGCCAUCCGACCUUCCAAAGAUUCCGAAUCAGGACAGGUUGUCAUUGAGGCGUGUGCUGUCCUUCUCAGUGUGUUUACAAUUCACAUGCUAUUUUUGCCAUAACAGCUGAUUGUUCUUAUUUACAGAUAACUUCCUUAAGUACAGUACAGCAGUUGUUGAGAAUUUGCUGAGUUUCAUUUCACGUUGACAUUUGUGGAUGAGGAUGGGCAAUUAAACUAUUGUGGGUCCCACCUCCAUGUAAUGAAAUGAGGUUCUCUGUGGGCGUUGAAUCCAGUGCAUCUGUGUGAGUAAUAAAAUAAAUGGUCCACACUAAGCAGUUUUUCACUUAAAUCUACAUGAUUGUAUGUUUUCUAUAUAACAAUCUUUUCUCACUGGUUCUGACUGCUAUUAAAAUUAAUAUGCCAUUGUCUUUGCUGUUUGUAGCAGCGAUUUAAUUUCAUUAAUUUUGAUUGGAGGGAGAUGAGAUGGACGUUGAACUAUGUAUUUCUCUUACUGGACAAUUCAUGGGCCUUUGAUUCUAAAGAGAAGUACUUUUUGGGGUUCUCAAAGUAAUCUGUAUGCAAGGUAGUCUUUUAUGUAGAGAGUUGAAAUGUUCCUUUUUUAUAAUUACUCUACCUCCUAGAAACCCCAGGAAGUGGUUAACUUCAAAAACUGAGCCCCAGGUUCUGUGAGUAAAUGGUAAAUAAACAGGUCAAAGACUUGUGGAAAAUGGGAAGUAAACCGCCAUUAUUUUAAAUUCUAAAUAACAUUAAUAAAUACAUUUUUGUCACUCUGAUUAGUAUGUGUUUUUUUAAAACUAGAGUUACUAAAAAUGUUUUUCAGAAAUCCAGCUAUUUAUGAAAAGUGCUAAUAGAACUUGCUAACCCUUCAAACUUUCAUAACUGUGAAAUGCAUGCCAAUUGGGCAAGACUGUAUCCGCUUCAUUUCUAUAAAAUGUCAGUUGUAUUCAAUACAUUCAAUAAACAAUCAUUGGCAGUAGUGUCAGCCAGGUGUCAUGUAUGCU